CUUUCAUUUUUUGCCAUAUAGUACUUAGUACAGUGUAUGUACAUACAACGUGCAUGAGUAAAUAUUCACCAUACAUAUAAAUUGUAUAUACAAUGUUUGGAUUAUUUGACGUAUGCUAAUGUCUGGACGUCUAGCAAAACUCUUUUUAAUCCGUCCUUGUUGAUAAGCAGUUAAGAAAAUUAUUUUUAUUAUUUAUGAAUAAUAUUUAGUAUUUUUACAAUAAUAAUGUGGCUCAAGGUUUAAAUAAUAUGUUAAAAUAAAAUCCAUGGUGUGACGUGGAUUUUUUAGUGACUCAACCUUACCAGUAAACGUAAAAGAUAAAACGUAUUUCAACAAGCCAAAAAUCAUGUGGAGAUAACAAUGUGUCAACUAUAUUGAAUGAUGAAUCGUAUUAUUUCAAUCGUCAGUCAAUUGUAUAGAUAAAGUCCACAAAGAGAAGAUAAAUUUAUUUGUAUCGUUAAAAUUAUACAAAAUGGUGCUUCCUGUUGUUGAUACUCCUCCGGGAAUAAAAGUUAUCAAUUUAAUAUCAGCAAAAUGCUGCCCUCAAAGAAGAAUGAAUAAGUUAGCAUGGCACAGAGCUGGAGUAUUAGCACUUACAUAUUUGGCGUAUACAUGCUAUCAUAUGUCAAGAAAACCAAUAUCUGUUGUCAAAAAUGUAUUAAAUUUAAAUUGUAGUAGCUUAUCACCACCAUCCGAUUUAAUAAUCAACGAUACCAAUCGUUAUACAUGGUGUGACUGGGCCCCAUUUAACACACCAGAUGCUCCUUUCUUAUUAGGAUUCUUAGAUUCAGCUUUUUUAUUCGCUUACGCUGCAGCAAUGUUUCUCAGCGGGUUUGUAGCUGAACGAGUUAAUCUUCGAUAUUUUUUAUCGUUGGGUAUGAUUGCUUCUGGAAUAGCUUCAUAUUUAUUUGGCAUCGCAAAACCAUAUAAAAUACAUAAUCUGUGGUAUUUUAUUAUGGUUCAGGCAUUAGGAGGAAUAUUUCAAACUAGUGGAUGGCCAGGUGUUGUCACAGUUGUAGGUAAUUGGUUUGGUAAAGGAAAAAGAGGUCUUAUAUUCGGUGUAUGGAAUUCACAUACAUCGUUAGGAAAUAUAUUAGGUAGUUUGAUAGCUGCUGAGUUUGUGGAAAGAAAUUGGGGCCUCAGUUUCAUUGUGCCUGGAAUAUUAAUGGCUUCUGCUGGUUUUAUAAUAUUUUUAUUUCUUGCUCCUCGACCUUAUGACGUCAACUGUAUAUCACCGAAUACGCCAAAUUUUAGAAAAUUAAACGCAACAACUAGUUCCGAUGAAGGAACAAUUUCUGGUGAUGAUAUUGAUAGACAUCGAGUAAUCGACGAAGACCAACUCAUCCAUCGUGUUAGUUGGCACCAGCAUGGCUUUGAUCCUGACUUGGAGGAUUCAAGAUCGGAAACGAGUCCGAUGUUAUCGGUAAACAGACGUAUGCAUAACUCCAAAGAAAAAGCAAUUGGAUUUGUUGGUGCAAUAAACAUACCUGGAGUCUUGGAGUACUCUCUUUCACUUUUUUUUGCUAAACUUGUCAGCUAUACAUUCCUUUACUGGUUACCUCUAUACAUAAGUGCCUCAACUACUUAUAGUGCCGGGUUGAGUGCUGAUUUAUCAACUUUGUUUGAUGUCGGUGGUAUAGCAGGAGCGAUUGCGGCUGGAGUUUUGUCUGAUUACAGUGGAAUGAGUGCAGUAACGUGUGCAUUCAUGUUUUUGACAGCAAUACCGAUGCUAUUUUUAUACGAUUUUAUUGGAAGUACAAAUCUUGCUGUGAAUAUUGCGCUGUUAAUAUGUACUGGUAUAUUAGUGAAUGGUCCAUAUGCAUUAAUAACAACCGCAGUAUCGGCAGAACUUGGAACACACCCUAGUCUAGGAGACGAUGCAAAAGCGUUAGCAACUGUAACGGCGAUUAUUGAUGGUACCGGAAGUAUUGGGGCUGCUGUUGGUCCAUUAUUAGCAGGAGUUGUAUCACGAUGGGGAGGGUGGCACAAUGUAUUUUAUAUGUUAAUGAUAUCCGAUCUCUUAGCUCUACUAUUACUAUCUAGAUUAGUUUAUCGAGAAUUAAGAAAGUAUCGACAAAGACGGCUGGCCGUUUAAGUGAUCUUCAGAAAUAUAAACUUUUAAUAUCAUAUUUUCAUAUUCAUAUUAAUACAUAUUUAAAAAUGAAUGACAAAAAUUUUAUAUUAAUAGAAAAUGACGUUUUAUCAAUAAUAAAAAUGUAUUUUUAAAAUUAAUUAUAAAUUUAUUACAACUUAUAGUAUAUUAAAUACAAAUGAUUUU